UCUUCUGCAUAACAACUUGGCUUAAAAACAGAUUUUUUUAUUUUUUUGAGAAGAAAAUAAAAAAUUACAGCAAUGGAUGCAUUAGGUCUUCUCAAAAUUAGGGUUCGAAGAGGCAUUAAUCUUGCUGUACGUGAUGCAGCUAGAGGUAGCAGUGAUCCUUAUGUUAUUAUCGCCUGUGGCGCCCACAAAGUUAAGACUAGUGUACUGAAGAGCAACCUCAACCCCGAAUGGAACGAGGAGUUGACCAUUUCCAUUAAGGAUCUGAAUGUUCCUAUCGUUCUAACAGUGCAUGACAAAGACACAUUUUCUCUGGAUGACAACUUGGGAAAAGCAGAAAUAGACAUCAAACCUUAUAUAGAAUGCUUCAAGACUGGAUUUAGAGGAGUCUCGGAUGGCAUUACAAUCGAAAGAAUUCAACCGAGUGAGCAAAAUUGCUUAUCUGAAGAGAGCUGUAUUAUCUGGAAAGAUGAGAAAAUGACACAAGACAUGACUCUUAAGUUGCGAAAAAUUGAAUGCGGUGAAAUAGAACUCCAAAUUGAAUGGAUUAAUCUUCCUGGUUGUAAAGGUCUUCCCAACUGAGGACAUAAUACAAAAGGAUGCUGGAAAAACUCGGAGGAUUUAUUUGAGAUAUGCUGUGUUGGUGGCCUAAUGGGAAUUAAAAUGCUCUUUUAAUAAAGAAACAGUUGUAAGGGGUUUGCCAGAUUUUGAAUAAAUGUACAACUCUUUUAUUUUACUAUUUUCGUUGUGCAACUAUACUUUUUAAUGGAGGCAGGGUUACAAAAAU